AUGACUGUGAUUGAGUAUGCCCUGAAUUUUGACAGGUUGACCAAGUUUGCUUCUAAAUUGGUGCCAACCGAUGCUGCCAGGAGAGACAGGUUUGUUCGGAGAUUAAACCCCAUGGUGGCAUGGGAUGUUAGGAUCACGUCAGUGCUUGGGGUUACCACAUAUUCUCAGGAUAUAGGUACUGAAUUUUCAGAAGCGAUCUUGUUAUUUUUUGCGAAUGGAAAGAUUCCUACUGAGUUAAACAAAACAAUACUCACUCUAAUACCUAAGGUAGAUUCUCCCACUGUGGCUUCUGAUUUUAGACCUGUUGUCUGCUGUAAUACUCUGUAUAAAUGCAUCUCUAAGAUGAUUUUCUUUCGUUUGGCUGAGAUUCUUCCUAAGAUUAUAUACCAAAAUCAGGGUGCCUUUGUAAAAAAUCGACAACUGGCUCACAAUAUUCUGCUUCUUAAGGAUUUGUUUCAUGGUUAUUCUAGAAAUAAUAUAUCUCCCUAUUGCCUGAUAAAGAUCGAUCUUAGUAAGGCUUACGAUUCUGUUGAUUGGGCGUUUUUGGAAGAGAUUAUGACUGCUUUUUGCUUCCCUAGAAAAUUUAUUAAUUGGAUAAUGGUGUGUUUGUCGGAAUCUUCUUAUUCUCUGCUCAUGAAUGGGAGAUUAGAGGGUAGUUUUGAGGGGAGGAAAGGUUUAAGACAGGGCGAUCCUAUUUCUCCUAUUCUCUUUGUGCUGGUAAUGGAGUAUCUCACUAGACUCCUUAAGCAAGUUGCCAAUCAUAGAGAGUUUAGGUUUCACCCAAUGUGCAAACAUUUACAUUUAGUGAACCUUUGCUUUGCGGAUGAUAUGAUCUUGUUAUGUAAGGGCAACUUUAGAUCAGUUCAGUUGAUGUUUGAGGAUUUUCUGAGUUUCUGUAAUAGUUCUGGGCUUGCUGCUAACUUGAAUAAGUCUCAAGUUUACUUUGGGGGAGUGGCAGCUGAGGUGAAGCAGAGUAUUCUGAAGUUUGUUGCACUUGGUGAGGGUAAUUUCCCUUUGAAGUACCUGGGGAUCUCUUUGAGACCUACGAAGUGGCAAGCUGCUGAUUGUGGGGAGAUUAUUAAGAAAAUUCAGGCUAAACUUCACAUGUGGGCGAGUAGACAUCUAUCAUUUGCGGGGAGAACUCAGCUGAUAUUUUUGGGCUCUUCUAAUAAUGGAAGCAAACUUCAUUGUACAUCUUGGGCUCAAGUUUGUCUCCCUAAAACUCUUGGAGGUCUGGGUUUUAUGAAAGGUUCUGUUUGGAACAAAGUUCUCAUGGCUAAGUUCAUUUGGGCUUUGUUCACUAAACAAGAUGUGUUAUGGGUGAAGUGGAUAGAUGGAAUUUAUCUUAAGGGACAAACUUUUUGGUCUUACCAUCUUAAAGCUGACGUGAGUUGGUAUUGGCGUAAACUCUGUUACCUAAGGGAAACUUUCUCUGAUAAUAUUUUGGCUAAUGCAACUGUGAAUGGUAAACUUCGGCUGAAGGUAUUGUUAAGCAGCAUUCUUCAAAGACAACCUAUUGAGUUUGCUAAGACUGUUUGGUGUUGUCUUACUGUCCCUAAGCAUAGAUUUAUCCUGUGGCAAUCAGUUUUGGGUCAUCUUCUGACUAGGGACAAUUUAGUGAGGUGUCACGUGUCUAUUGUUUCUGUGUUGUGCUCGGUCUGUGAGCAGGUGGAGGAAUCGCAUCAGCACCUUUUCUUUGAUUGCUGGUUUUCUCAGCAAGUCUGGACUCUGCUCAAAGGGUGGCUGGGAUCUGGUAUUUGGCCUCUUCAGUUUGUUGGCUGGAAAGAGUGGUUAGAUAGGAAGCCUAAGAGUUUUAUGCAUAGCAUCUCUAUAGCUGUUUUGGCUGCUGCGGUUUAUGGUGUGUGGUUUAAUAGGAACUCUGGCAUAUUUUCUGUUUGUUCCUAUACUCCUUUGUAUACAGUGAGGUUGAUUAAGCAGGCUGUGAAGUUUAGAUUAUAUGGCAAAGUGAAUGCAGCAGCAAGUGGCUUCCGAGGCGCAAGAUUCUGGUCCUUUAUUGAGGAGUUUGGUGACCUUGACAUUCCCCGGUCGACGUUAGUGCCAGUGGACAAACUCCUCGAUGCCGACCCCACCAAGAAAAUGGCUGCCCGCCUCUUCACCGUGGAAAACCUGAACCGCCACAACUUAUCCGCGGUAUCAGAUCCUGAUGCAUUGUGGCACGUUUUCGAGUGA